AUGUCCUCAUCCGGUCGCAUCGCCAACAACGCCGGCGCCGGCGUCGCUCCUACAGCGCCUGCAGUCGAAUACCACAACCCAACAGACGACACUGCCCUUUCCAUUGAGGACAACAGCAACACAACAUUGGAUGACGUCUGGGGCGACGAUGGCGACAACAACGAUGAUGAUGUCUGGGGCGACGACUCACAUUCUCACUCCCAUUCACAUGAAGACCACCAUCACUAUUACCAUCACGAAGCAACGGUGAGAGGCCACGGAGGGCAUAAUCACCCGUCAGACAUCCCCCGCCUCCAACAGGAACACACCACAGCUGGCUAUCGUGAUGGCAUCACCGUUGCCAAAGCCGAGCACGUGCAGGCUGGGUUUGACGAGGGGUUUGGGCUUGGAGCGACGAUCGGCGCUAUGGCGGGGCAAUUGUUGGGGGUUUUGGAGGGGUUGAGUUUUUCUCUUGGCUCUUCUUCUUCGUCGGCGAAGGGGCGCAAACCACCACAGCAGGAUGAUGAUGAAGGAGAAGGGGAGGAGGAGGAGGAGGAGGAUAUCAAGGAGAGAGUCAAGAGGUUGUUGGCGGAAGCAGAAAAGGAUCUCAGCGUGCACAGUAUCUACGGCAAGGAGUACUGGGAUGAGGAUGGGACUUGGAAGUUUGAGGUCCCAGGGGAGACAGAGGAGCAGCAUGAGCGGUAUCAGCAUCCUGAGCGAGAGCAACCGCAACAACAACAACAGCGACAGAGGGAUCAAGAGGACAUGGAAGAGGAGGACCAAAAGAAAGAGCAAAAAGAAGCAGAGCCAGAAAUUCUCUUUCCUGACAUUGCGCUAGCACAUCCGCUCAUUAAGAAGUGGGAUCAGAUUAUCCGGACCGAGCUGGCUGAGAGGUUUGGCUUGGUUUGGGACGUUGCGGUGUUGCUGCCGAGGAGCGAGGAGGACGAACAUGAGGAGGGUCAUAAGCAUGGUCAUGUGGUGAAGGAUACGGAAGAGCAGAAAGAUGCGAAGCCGGUGAGGGCGACUAGUCAGGCGCUGGCUUGGUGAAGGCUGGAAAAUAUGAGGGCAGAGAGAAUGAAUGGUUGAGGAACAUUUUGAUGGGGGUGAGAGAAGCUACAGAGGAAACUUGAAGGUUCUGUGAACUCGGGUCAAGAGUGUCUGCAUCUUCUCACACUGGACGGGUGUAAACGCCAUUGUGACACCCCUUCGUUCUUGUUUUGGCUAUCAUGCCGAGAAAAUAUACCGUAUUGAUGGAGUAAAAUAUUCACCCCUAAACCUGAAAUAAAAAGUAUG